AGAGUAAAAAGAGUGGGUACGUGAGGGGAGGAGGGAUGAGAUGUUUUCAGAGAGCGUGACAGAAAGAGAGAGAGAGAGCAUUCCUGAUACACAUCAACAAACAAGCUUUUGCAGGGACACAGACCGAGAACAGAAAAAAGAAAAAAAAUCUGGUCACAUUUCUCAGGCACCUGAAAACGUGCUGCUUAUUAAAGGACGCGUGUUGCUUAUUGAUGAGUGGGGGAGUGUUUAAACUACUUCCACCCUGGUGAUGUUUCAUGGUGACUACAUGGCAAGCAGCUGAACGCGUUGGGACCUCUGUAAUUUAGAGAACCCUACACAGUGACAUUUUACCAGUCUGGCGUCAUAUGGUGCAGGCUACAGACGGAUAUACAAGAUCGGGAAAUUACACGGAUCAAUAAGAGAUCUGAUUUCCUUUUUUAAAAAAUAUUUACUUUUUCUUCAUCUUCUUCUUUUGCCGGGUUCUCCCGACCCCCAAUGCCCGGUGUACACUCCUUUUGGUCUCAGCUUUGGAAUAGAUUAUAUAUGCCUUUGCAGUUUAUGACUCUUUCACUGUGUCAACGAAGCUCCUGAGUGGCAAGCAGCAGCGUUCAGUCGGACACUAAACGCCUACAACUACAGCUCAGAAGAACAGAACGUACUUUUACUGGGAAACAUGGAAAACAGUCCUGGUGGUGGUGUUAUCUUGUAUGCUGGUUCAUCUGGUAGUGCCAGUCCUAGUCCUGGCAGCCCUUCAAGUGGAUACCAGACCCAGUCACCAUCUUCCCAUUCUCAGCCUUCAUCCCCAGAGGGUUUCUCCUUUCAGGAGAUUGGAGCCCUGAAGCAGAGAAGGGAACAAAGGGGAGGGAACGUUUCCCCAAAAAUGGUUUUUCAGUUUCCUGAAGUAAACAAUGCUCCAGUUGCCCAAAUUACAACAGUAUCAUCAGCCACCUAUAACCACCCCACAGUGGCAAAAAGGCCUUGUGGCUUCACUGGCACAUUCACCAAGACCGGAGGUAUGGUGCUUUUGUGUAAGGUGUGCGGGGACAUUGCAUCUGGCUUCCAUUAUGGCGUGCACGCCUGUGAGGGAUGCAAGGGUUUCUUCAGGCGCAGCAUUCAACAGAAUAUCCACUACAAGAUGUGCGUGAAGAAUGAAAACUGUCUCAUCAUGCGCAUGAACCGGAACCGGUGCCAGCACUGCCGUUUUAAGAAGUGUUUGUCUGUGGGAAUGUCCAGAGAUGCUGUGCGUUUUGGGCGUAUUCCCAAGCGAGAGAAGCAGAGGCUGCUGGAUGAGAUGCAGAGUUAUAUGAACAGUCUCAAUGAAUCUGCUUCUAUGGAGAUGGAGGUGUCACCUCCUCCUGAUGCCCCCUGCAGUCCGCAAAACCAGGCGAAUGAUGGAGCUGGAUCUAUACUGCAGUCCUACCGCAGUGAAGAGAAACCACUCAAGAUGGCUGCUGGCAGCAGGAACCUCAGUCCAGCCUCUUUCCAGAGCGGUGUUGUGAAGGAAACUGCACUGUCAAACGCAUCAGCCCAGCACACAGUUCAAGUGGAGCAAGUCAAUCUGACAACAAGCUACCAUGUCCCCACAAACCUCCCUGUUGCACCCAGCAACAAUGAAAGCUCCACCAACACGAACAUUGACAAUGCCAAAUACGUUUCACCCUCCAGUCAGAAUAAAUGUCCCGUCAGUGGUCACCUGUCUUCUCAGACAUACACAGCCAAUCAGAACAGUUUCUCAGCAAGUGAUUUCCAGAACCAAAAUUCUUGCCCCUGGAAGCUAAACGGAGGAGCCAAAGUACUGGCGUGCCCUCUUAAUUCAUGCCCCGUGGUUCCAGCCAGUCGCUCCAGCCAGGAGGUGUGGGAGUCUUUCUCCCAGUGCUUUACCCCUGCUGUUAAAGAAGUGGUGGAGUUUGCAAAGAGCAUCCCAGGCUUCCAAACCCUUAGCCAGCAUGAUCAGGUCAUGCUGCUCAAAUCUGGCACCUUCCAGGUCCUCAUGGUAAGGUUCUGCUCAUUGUUUGACCCCAAGGACAGGACAGUAACCUUCCUCAAUGGACAGACCUACUCGCUGGCAUCACUGAGAGCUCUUGGUAUGGGCUCCUUAUUAGAUGCCAUGUUUGACUUUAGCGAGAAGCUGGGAUCUUUGGGUCUGGAGCCAGAUGAGAUGGCACUUUUCAUGGCUGUUGUGCUGGUGUCUGCUGAUCGCUCUGGUAUCGUGGAGGUUGGUGCAGUGGAGCAGCUGCAGGAGAAUCUAAUAAAAGCUCUGCGCUCUAUUAUCACAAGUCGCCGGCCAGAUGACAGCACGCUCUUUCCGAAGCUGCUGCUGCGUCUGCCUGACCUACGCACCCUAAACAACCAACACUCAGACAAACUGUUGGCUUUCCGCAUAGACCCUUGAGUUAAAAUUACUCACAAUUUCAUGUGGUAUCCACUUUUGGGCUCUUCUUUGCCCCUAAUGCAAGCCUAGCUUGCUACAUUUAGCACACUUGCCUCUGCAUGAUGGACAGUUGUUUUGGGAGAUGUGCCAAGGAAGAUGCUGUUAGAGUGAGGACUGGGAAAAAUAUCAGUGAAGAACCUCGGCACGUCAGGAGGUAGAGGCAUCUGAAUGUCAGAGUUGCUUCCAGUUGGAUUGCUCAGAAGAAACAGACUGUAUUCUUCCUCCAUUUUUUUUUUUUUUUUUUUUUUUUGAGUCAGUGUCAAACCGACACUGUCUUUCCCUCCUGGAGUUUGUCAGAGACAAAGUUUUUUUUUUUUUUUUGUUCUGAAGACCAAAAAGAAAAAAAGAGCUUCUUGUUCCUCAGCAGAGUUUAUUCUCCUAACCCAGUGUGCAAAGCUAACAAGAACAAAGUGCAUACUCUUAAAACACUCACCCAUACUGUACAUUCUUGCCACAAGUGUAAAGCAUUUUCCAUUCACUGAGAACCUUUUAAAUCUACGUAAGGUAUAAUAUAGCAAUAGCCAUUUCUAACACACAGAAGUGCAGUUUGUGUUUGCCCUCUUGAAAUUAUAUAAGCUAUUUUCACAACAUUUGACCAUGUGGGAAAUCUUUAUUAAUAUCACCCAUUUGUGAUUGAGAUGUUUGAUAUUUUUAAGAAAAGAAACUUAAGUUGAAUUGUAUUUGUAUACGGUAAUCAGGGAGAAAUUAUUGGUCAUUUUAGACCACGUUUGAAUGGUUAUAUGUUAAGGUGUUCUCUUGUAUAUUUUGUACAUAAUCAUUGUUGUUAGUUUUAUCCUUGCUGUAGUUUGCAGAUUCUUAUAUACGUAAAUUGAAUUAUUGUAUGCCAUGACACACAAUAGACUGCUCUACAGACUGCAAAUAGAAAACAGCAUUUGAACCAUGUGCUCUGAGUAUAAACUUAUUUUCAGGAUGUAGAAUUUAAAUAAAUGUAUUGUCAACUAAAAGCAUCAGCUUGUGUAUAUUUUGUAAAUGUUUAUGAUUAUAACAUAGAGUGCCACUAUUAAAUGAUCUUAUAUAUCA